UCAUUCAUUUAUCUCCAGAGGAAUAUAUAAGUCGAGGGAGAGGAGGAGAAGAAGAUAGAGAGAUUCGAGAUAUAUCUCGUUGAUCUUAUUCUUCUUGUUCUUCCUCUCUGUUCUCCAAUCCAAUCGCAGCAGUCAAGAAUAUUUCGAAACCUUCUCGAUUCAGGUAAGGGUUUGGUUACGAAGCUUUGAUUUUUAAGGAUCAGCGGAUCGAUCUCAGAAACGAAGGAAAAAACCUAAGAUGGCGGAAGAACACAGAUGCAAGCCUCCGGAGGGCCACCAUCUAUGCGCCAACAACUGCGGAUUUUUCGGCAGCCCCGCCACGUUAAAUCUCUGCUCCAAAUGUUACCGGGAUCUCUGCCUCAAGGAGGAACAAGCUUCCUCGGCCAAGCUCGCCGUCGAGAAAUCCUGCGCUGCAUCCCCUUCUUCCUCCUCCUCCGCCGAUUCGUCACGGGCCCCAGUUUCUCCUCUCCUUCUAGAGAACCCCGACGUUGGCCGGAAUCCGGUUAACGUCCCGGCGACCGUCGCGUCACCGUCGAAAUCCAACCCAGCGCCUUCGUCGGCGUCUCAGCCAAACCGAUGUGCGACAUGUAGGAAGCGUGUGGGACUGACGGGAUUCAAGUGCCGCUGCGGGAUUACGUUCUGCGGGUCGCAUCGGUACCCGGAACAGCACGCGUGUAUGUUCGAUUUCAAGGCAAUGGGGAGGGAGGCCAUCGCCAAGGCCAAUCCGGUCGUCAAAGGCCAGAAGCUGGAGAAGAUCUGAUCUGGUGAUACGAUGUUUAUGAUUUAAUCUGGACCGUUAAUCUGUUCGACCGGUUGUUGGUGAAGAGGUCAGAACUUGUCCGUGAAACAGCGUUUCAGAUAUCCGCCUGGUGGGCGGUGGGAGUCUCUGGCCGCCGGCGUGUACCAAAAGUUCGAUUUUAUCAACAUCCCUGUAAAAAUUUCAAAAGAAGGCCAAAAUAAAUGAAAAAAAAACAGCCAUGUAAUUAGUAAUGUUUUCUGUUUCGAUUAAAAGAUUUUUAAUGUGGUCUGUUUGGUGGAAAUA